GCGUGGUCAUCCCACGCAACUAAAAUAUGCUGACUCUGGAAAACCAUAUAGUCCAAGAGGAUUUCAUCAUCUCCCACUUUUUAUGUGUCUGAUUGUGUCUGUAUGCCCAUGAGAUUAUUCUAGCAAGCACAAAAGGUAGGUUAAGCCAAGAAGCAGGAGAAUGGACGGCGGCCGAGGAGGAGGGAGAGGGUGUAAUAAGUGGAAAUUCAGUCUAAGAGGAUUAGUGCAAUCGUUAGCUGCCAGUCGGUCUCGUCAAGGAUACCGGAACCGGGGCGAAGGAACGGUCACACCUGAACUGUCACCGACAUUGUAGGUUUUGAAGAUGCGGACAAUGUGUUAAAUUAAUUGUGACCUUCCAGAAUGACCAGGAAGGAUUAUUACCUAUUGGGAGCGCACUGGAAACCAUUACCGGACGUGCAUCUGAACCACAGAGCGGUUUCCUGGCGGGGAGUUUUUGGUAGGCAGCUUGGGGCAUGAAGACGAGACCUGCAGGGAUCGGCAACAUCAAUGCCGACUGGAUGGGCUCACUCCCCUCCAAGCUCAGUGCCAUGCCCCUCAAGCACCUUGCAGUGCCAGGCUCUCAUGACUCAUUCACUUUUUGGGUGGAUGUGCAUGCUCCUGUGGGUCCUGAUCAGAAAGCCUAUGUGAAAUACCUGGCCACCAUGUUCAGUGUCUUGGCCAAGAAAGUCAUGGUGAAGUGGUCCAUGACACAGAACAUGACGUUUAGGGAGCAACUAGAUGCAGGGAUUCGUUACUUUGAUCUCAGGGUAUCCUCUAAACCAGGUGAACCAGGAAAUGAGAUCUACUUCAUCCAUGGUCUUUUUGGACACAAAGUGAGGGAUGGCCUGUUAGAAAUUAAUUCCUUCUUAGGCAGACACAAGAAGGAGGUUGUGUUUUUGGACUUUAAUCAUUACUAUGCAAUGGAGACAGAGCACCACGUGUACCUCAUCAGCAUGCUCCAAGAAGUGUUUGGCAGUAAACUGUGCAGCCACAGCACCGUAGAGAGCAUCACUCUGGACUUCCUUUGGGAGAAGAAAUCUCAGGUUAUUGUGUUUUAUCAUCAUCCUUCAGCUCAGGGCAUUCCUGUCAUGUGGCCUGGCUAUAAGAUUCCAGCUCCCUGGGCAAACACCACUGAGCCCAACAAGCUUAUACAGUUCCUUGAAAGUACACGGAAGGAAAGAGCAAAGCAUGGAACCUUUCAUGUUACCCAGGCCAUCCUCACGCCCACUGUCAACACUGUGGCUACGGGCCUGAUCUGGGGGCUGCGCAACUACCUGGUAGAGAGAAAUCUGCCAACCAUCAUGUCUUGGGUUGAGACUCAGAGGCCAGGCGUGGGCGGAGUCAACAUCAUCACCUCUGACUUUGUGGACCUCACUGACUUUGCUAACAUUGUUAUCAAACUCAAUAACCUGCUGCUUUCUGAGCAGAACCUCAAAUCAAGAUGACACGUACUGUAUCCCACACUGCAGAGAUGGUGGAAGAAAGUCCAUUGACCGAUUCUGAUGAUACCGUACCACAUUAAUGACUUUAUUUAGGAUUUUAUAUCGUUCACGAGCAGCUAUUCUACUGCUGAUAGAGCUUUAUCAGCUCACUCAAGGACACGCUCUGUUAUUCCAAAGCCUUUAUAUCUUCAUGGAACUCGUCAGUUUUGCUUGCAGCCUGUUCCCUUAGAACAAAGUGUAGACAAUUA